AUUGCCUAAAUUCUUUGAUGUUAAUUUUUCUUUCUAAAGAAAGAAAAAGGGAAACAAAAAUGUUUAAAAAAGGGUCCAAACCGGGAAACCGUAAGCGUCGACGAGAAGGACAACUGGACAAGUGAACCGAACCGGGAAUGGUCGGGGAGCUUACGAGUAGAGGAAGCCAUAAGCGUUAGGAGGACGCAACGACGUAAAAGUUAAAAAGGUCGUUCGUUUCUCAGACCAACAACAUCCAGAGACCAGAGACACAGAGAGAGGGCGAGAGUUUGAUCAUUGCCCUCUCCGUCUCCGAUCCAAAUCUCAUUUUCUUUUCUUCUUCACAUUUUUUGCAUUUGCAAUUUUACAUUUCCAUGAAAAAAACCCUAACAAACGACGACAUUGUUAUUAUCAAUUAUCUGCAAAAUUCAUAUGAUUCUAAUUCUUUUCUCGCGGCACCGAUUUUUUCAUGCGACGGUUGAAUACCCGUAAAGGGGUCAAUUCGAAGCCGACGGACGACUACGACAGCAACAAUAUGGACCCGGUUAAGCUCCAAGUCCGACCCAGCACCCGAUCCAAUCUCUUCUCUCGCAACCCCAAGCACAACAACAGAUCAAGCUUCUUAAUUAUCGCUUCACUGACGAUCGCACUAGCUUUCACACUCUGCUAUCUUCUCGUUUCCGCGAGAAAUUCGAAGAGUUUUGGGAAGAAACGGUACGGGAUUGUGAUCGACGGAGGGAGUACGGGUACCCGAAUCCACGUGUUCGGGUACGGAGUCGACGGUGGCAACACUGCCGUCUUCGAUUUCGGUACUGACGGGUUGUCGUCGAUGCGGGUUAACCCGGGGCUCUCGGCGUACGCGGAGGAUCCGGAAUCGGCGGGCGGGUCAUUGCGGGAGCUUGUGGAAUUUGGGAAGGGUAGGGUUCCCAAGGAGCAGUGGGAGAACACGGAGAUAAGGCUUAUGGCCACGGCGGGGCUCCGACUGCUUGAUUUGGAUGCCCAGAACCGCAUUCUGGACUCUUGUAGAAAGGUGCUUCGGAGUUCUGGGUUUAAGUUUCAGAACGAGUGGGCUUCGGUGAUUACAGGCUCUGAUGAAGGACUAUAUGCUUGGGUUGUUGCAAACCAUGCCCUUGGCACUCUUGGUGGCAAUCCUUUGCAGACAACUGGGAUUAUUGAACUUGGUGGAGCUUCUGCUCAGGUGACAUUUGUUUCAAGUGAUCCAGUGCCUCAUGAGUUCUCACGUGUUGUUAAAUAUGGAAAUGUCACUUACAAUCUCUACAGUCACAGCCUUCUUCAUUACGGCCAGAAUGUUGCAUAUGAUUCGUUGAAAGAAGCAAUUGUUUCAGGAGACUUCAACUCAGAUGCUGAAUCACUUCAGAAAAGAAUGUCAAUAGAUCCUUGCACUCCUAAAGGAUAUUCAUAUAAGAUGCAGUCUUCAAAGCUUUCUCCAAGUUCUUCGGUUGAGAAGAGUAGACAUUUGUCUACUCUUCAAUCAAGGGGUAACUUCUCUGAGUGCAGAUCUGCUGCAAUAAUGAUGCUGCAAAAAGGAAAAGAGAAAUGUUCCUAUCAACACUGCAGUAUUGGAUCAAAUUUCAUACCUAAGCUUCAGGGAAAGUUUUUGGCUACAGAAAAUUUCUUCCAUACAUCCAAGUUCUUUGGUUUGGCUUCAAAAGCAUUUCUUUCUGACCUGAUGAUGGCUGGACAACAAUUCUGUGGAGAGGAUUGGUCAAAGUUAAAGAAGAGACACCAUCGACUCGAUGAAGAAGCUUUGCUUCACUAUUGUUUCUCUUCAGCAUAUACUGUGGCCCUACUUCAUGAUAGUCUUGGAAUUGCUAUGGACGAUGAAAGGAUCAGGGUUGCAAAUCAGGUGGGAAGUAUUCCACUCGAUUGGGCUCUGGGAGCUUUCAUCUUGCAAAGCACAUCUGACUUGGAUGUACGGCAUUCUGAUUGGAUUAGCACCGUAAUUAGUGAUGGCUCCCCCACUCUACUAUCAUUAAUUUUCAUCUUUGCAAUAUUGAUGUUUACAGUGUGGUCUCUGUCAAAGUGGAGGAAGCCCCAGUUGAAGACAAUUUAUGACCUGGAGAAAGGGCGGUAUAUAGUUACUCGUGUUAGUAGAUGAGAUGUUGAUAGCUUCUAGAGGAAGAAUGUACACUUGUUAUGUUAGAUCCGGAGGAAAGAGUUGAGCAGGCCUCAGUUUAUUGCCCAAGGCCAUCCUCAUAAGGUUAUCGACCAGAAGCGAUAUUGUAUAGUGUGGGUAUCUGCACAGAAUUUAGUGGUAACAUUUUUUGUGCCGGUGGAGCUAGGCUUAGAUACCCAUUUUGUACCUGGAGGGAAGCCAAUACCUCCAAUUAAUUAUACCACAUGCUCUCUGAUUACCCCCAAAUCCGAAUAGGAAGUUAGGAUAAAAAUUGGGGAAGGCUUGUUGUGAGGAGAUUUAGAAUGUUGUAUCAUUGUAUGAUAAUGUGGUAAUACACGUGCUUUCUUCACAAUUGUUAUUUGUUCUUAUUACCGAAGCGAGAGCUUAUUUCAUCA